ACCAAUCUGUUCAGUAAGUUCUGUUUCUGUCAUUAAAUGACAGAAUUAAAUUUUGGUCAGAUUGUUCGACGGUACAAGGUUUUGGAGUUGAACUACUCAGAAUAUUAUUAGUUUCUGCAAAUACAUGUGAUAAUUUCACAAAAAUGACCCUGUAUCAUUUUGGAAACUGUGUAGCAUUGGUCUACGUGCCGUACUACAUGACAUACAAAUACUCAGGCUUAUCGGAGUACGGAGCGUUUUGGAAAUGCAUUCAAGCCGGUGGUAUUUACAUCUUCACCCAGUUGUGCAAAAUGCUAGUGUUAGCUACCUUCUUCCCGGAUACCGAUAGCUUUAUUAGUGAUGACCAAUUUAACCUGAUUGCGGAAUUUCUUCGCUGCAGUGUGGAUUUAGUUGAUCUGUUGGGGUUAGCUUUUGUGCUGUCCAAAAUCCCCGGUAAAGGACAUAGCAAGCUGAUUACAGCAGGUCUCGGAUGGGCAACCGCUGAAGUUAUUCUGUCACGCGGUCUUAUGCUGUGGGUCGGAGCUCGUGGAGCUGAAUUUUCAUGGAUUUAUACCCAAAGGUGCCUGGAAUCAAACAUCUUACUAGUGCAGCAUUUGACCACAUCUACUUUGUUGUGGCUGUUUUCACGGCACGACUUAGAGAAGAAGUAUGUACCGCUGGUGAUCGUGUUACUCAUUGCUAUUUCUUUCCGUGGCGUUUGGCUUGAGGGUACCCUACAGGCCCUUUCUGCUGGAACAUGGUUCGGUCUGGCUUUGAAAGCACUUAUUACCGCGUGCUUCGGGUUCGUAACCCUUCACGUCUACUCUGGAUUAGCGCAAUCGAUUGGUUUGUGAACAAGAAGUAAAACAUAUGGGGAAUUUAAGUUAUUUACUUUCACUAUUUUAAAAUUAUCUUUGAACCAAAAUCAGUUUAAAAUGUAAUAAAUAAUGUGUUCAGGGUCUAAAA